CCCAUUCCCGCCAAAACAGUGAAAUUUACUCUUCACCCUAAUUUCAACACUAAUUCUUGGAAGAUUAAGGUUUUUGGCACCAUAAAAAUAUGUCGCACAUAACAGUCUGCGCUCGCUUUAGACCUUUAAGUUCAAAAGAGAGAAGAGAUCACGGUGAUAGCGUUUCUGUCCAAAGCCUAGAUUCAGAAACGUUCAUUUUCAAGGAUGAGAAGGAAGAGGAUUUCACCUUUAGCUUUGAUAGGGUUUUUUAUCAGGGAUCUGAGCAAGUUGAUGUCUAUGAAUUUCUAGCCCUGCCUAUUGUUCGAGAUGCUGUUAAUGCAAUUAAUGGGACAAUCAUCACUUAUGGACAGACAGGAGCAGGGAAGACAUAUAGCAUGGAGGGACCGAGCAUCCUGGAAUGUGAUCAGCAGAAGAAAGGCUUACUUCCCAGAGUGGUUGAUGGACUUUUUCAGUGCAUUAAAUCUUCUGAUGAAGCAACCAAGUACACAAUUAAGUUGUCCAUGGUAGAGAUCUACAUGGAGAAAGUAAGGGACCUUUUUGAUUUGUUGAAAGACAAUAUACAGAUCAAGGAGAGUAAAGUGCAUGGGAUAUUAUUGUCUGGAGUAACAGAAGUCUCUAUAUUGGACAGUACAGAAGCAUUACAUAGCCUCUCUAGAGGAAUAGCCAACAGAGCAGUUGGAGAGACCCAAAUGAACAUGGCAAGCAGUAGAAGUCAUUGUGUUUACAUCUUUACAGUCCAGCAGGAAUUUCCUAAAGAUAAGAGGAUAAGAACUGGAAAGUUAAUUCUUGUGGACUUGGCGGGGUCAGAGAAAGUAGAGAAAACUGGAGCUGAGGGGAAACUUCUUGAUGAAGCCAAGACUAUCAACAAAUCCCUUUCUGCACUUGGGAAUGUGAUAAAUGCUUUGACUUGUAGUCCACAGGGCAGAGCAAAUCACAUCCCAUAUCGUGAUUCUAAGCUUACACGGAUUCUACAAGAUGCUCUUGGAGGGAAUUCGCGAACUGCAUUACUGUGUUGUUGUUCACCGAGCCCUUCUAAUGCUUCAGAAAGCCUGUCCACCCUCCGCUUUGGUGCAAGGGCGAAACAUAUAAAGGCAUCACCACGUGUCAGUCACAACGAUGAUAAGUAUACCAAGAAGCAUGGAACUCAAUCACCAUCUAAAGAUGGGUCAUGUGAGAGAAUUCUAAACAAGUUGACAGAGAAACUGGAUAUUGAAGAUGUAAAUUUACUGGAGGAGUUGUUCAUACUUGAGGGGAUUUUCUCUUAUCCAAAUUCAGUUGAAGACUUGGAGUUAACUCUUGAAGAUGUUGCAUUACGAACAAUAUCCUCAUUGCAAGAAGCUCUGGAAGAGCUGACAUUGAUAGUUGAGGAGCUUAAGAUAGAGAAUAAGGCUCUCAAGUUCAGACUGGCAGCUGCUGAAAGGGUUGACACACUCAACAAGAAGGCUGGAGGAAAUACCAGUUUUCUGCAUAAGGUUUUUCAGGCACUCUCAGCUUUCUCCUUUCCUGGGCUGUUUCACUCUCUCAUGUCAAGAUGCUGAAAACAAAAAUUAGUAUACCAUACAAAACACAAACUGCAUUUCCAUACUUGAAAAUUUCUGCUUAAUCAAUUUGAAUAACUAUUGCCAUCUGUUAUUUUUA